AUGGCUAGCUGGGAGGCUGCAGCUCUGAAGCUGCAGAGCCACGUCGCUGUCACUUCCGACCCUAAUUCCCUGGAUAAGGAUAAGUGUCUACCGCCGCUACCUCUCCAACACAAGUCGACCGUUACCACAAAGAUCGAAGCCAUCACUUCUGAACAAGACUCGAACUCGACGAAAGGAUGGAAGCCGCUAUCGCUGUCUACGCCUAUACUCCUUGCCGUCAUUGCUUUGACGCUACUCCUCGCCGCCGCCGUCGAGACGAUUGCACAACGGAGUGCUGCACAGGGGGGACUGGCUCUGUCGCCGACGUUGGAUGAUUUGCCGGGAUAUGCCAAGUUUAGUUACUUGUAUGUGCCGACUAUCAUUGCUGUUUUGUACAGUAUGAUAUGGAGUUGGAUCGAUUUGGAUGUCAAGCGGAUGCAACCAUGGUUUGAGUUGUCGAAACCGAAGGGGGCCACGGCAGAGAAGUCGCUGUUUCUGGAUUAUCAGUAUGAUUUUGUGGCCUUGGUUCCCUUCAAAGCCGCCAGAAGCAAGCACUGGCCUGUUUUCUUCGGCGGAACAGCCAUGGUAAUUGUGUUCUGGGCACUUACCCCCCUGCAAAGUGCCCUUCUCGGCACAGGAGUUGUCAAGCAGACAGAGGCGACGACGAUAGGAACAAGGUCUCAACUUCUUCCGAUGUCUCAGCAUGAGGCGCUUUUGGAUCCUGAAUUUCUCAACACCGGAUACGCUGUUGGAUGGCUGGACCAACCUUCCCCCCCAUUCACGACUUCGACAUAUGCGCUCCUCCCUUUCUAUCCUGAGAAUAGCACUGUCUCUGCCAAGGUGGAGGCAAAUUUGACGGCCGUUACGACAAAGAUGUGGACUGAGUUGAGCUGCUGGCCGGCGGAGAUCGAGAGAGAUGGCCCUCGAUCGAAGGCAUCGUUCAACUUCCUCAACGGCCAGGGCUGUAACGCAACCGUUUUCUUUGGCGUCAUGGCCAAAAGGCGAAUGUUUUACAUUGGCUACCGUUCCAGCCCCUACUCGGACUUUUGGUUGGCCGGAACGCGUUGCCCCAAAACAGAAAACUCAACCCACCAGUUUCUUGCCGUUUGGGCGAAAGCCGUCCCUGUAGAUUGGGAUCCCUCGCCGAGUUUCAACAUUAGUGCCAUGUUCUGCCAGCCGAGAUACUACAAGCAGCAAGUCCUUGCCAGUGUGAAGGCAGGCACUUACGAACCCAUCACCAACUCUAUCCAGGCGAUAUCUCCGAAAGAACCUCUUACAGAGCAGGAAUUCAACUCUACGGCGUUUGAGUAUGUUCUGGCUAAUGGCAUGGCGUACAAACCUAUCGUCCGAGAUUGGCCCUUCAACAGUGUCGUCGAGCAACACCCACGACUGAACUACACCGGCUUCACCCAGCCUGUUUCCAACAUGGUUGGCUUCGCCUUGGCUGGAAGAAACCUAUCUUCUGACGCAUACGUUGAACACACGUUGCUUGAGAAAGUCUACCGCGAGGCUCACCAAUAUCUUUUCUCCGUUGCGACGCCCAGGUUGCUCACCAACCAGACAAUAAUCAGCAAUAGCACCUCCUCAACAGAGUUCUAUCUUAGCGGAGUUAUAGUAAGCAGGGCAUUCGCCACGGCUCUGGAAAGCAUCUUGAUGCUCGUUGCGAUCUUCACUAUUAUGAUCCUGCGUUUGUGUCGCACAACCCCAAGCAACUUGACAACAAAUCCUUCGUCGAUCGCAAGGCACAUGGAGCUGUUUCGAGACAGUCCGGAACUACUAAAAUCAUUUCAGUCAAUGGACAACGCAACGGAAGAGGCCCUGCACGAAAAGUUCAACAAAGAUGAGGUUCAGCUCUGCUACGACAAGUUUUCCCAGCGCCCACACAUCAUCAUCGAGAAGGCUUCUUCCAAGUCUGAACCACCAAGCGAACCCAAAUCUUCCCCACAGAAGGGCUAUUAUGACCCUGUUCGACCAUUAGCUCUUAAAAGGACUGUUGGUGUCAGCUUUGUAUUAGUACUUCUUGGUGGCAUCAUUUUUCUCUCCUAUCUGAAGCAACAGGAGACCCGGCUGAACGUAGGCCUGCACCGUCCUUCGCAAAGCUUCGAGGUUUUGCAAAUACUGGAGAACUACAUUCCGACCAUAUUCGCAACGCUGAUCGAGCCUCUCUGGGUUCUCUUGAACCGCUUGCUCUGCGUCCUCCAGCCUUUCAAGGAUCUCUGGGAGGGCAAAGCCAGAGCCACACGAUCGAUCGACGCCACAUACACUUCAAUCCCACCUCAGCUUGUGAUAUUCAGGGCGAUCAAAUCGAACCACCUCGUUCUUGCUCUUGUUUGCGCCAUGGCUCUUCUUGCAAACCUCCUCGCCGUUGGCCUUGGUUCUCUCUUCAACGAGAAGCCUAUGAUUGCGAGCUACCCAGAAACUCUUCAUCCGACAUUCGCGCCCAGAUUUGACAACAACUCAGUAUUCACGUUUGACGAGUACUUGAGCCGAAAUCUCGUCACAACGUCCCAGUACCAGGAUCACAUGUAUGUUGCCCUGGCGAACUUCUCUUCAGGGACGAAGCUCCCCGCGUGGGUGUCACCGGAUUACUUCUUCCAAAGUUUUGAUCUUGACGGGCUUGAAUCAAGAGACCCGGCCGACACAUACACCGUUGAAGCCCAGGGGUUCGGAGUUCGAGCCAACUGCACUCCCAUCAGCCCUUUCAAGCUGCCAGUGUACAAGGAAGAGCCCCAGUUCGUCAAGUCCAGCGAUGGGAGAUUCUGCACCCACGAAAGUCUCAUUGAGAAUGCAGGUGCGCAAAUGAGGCAGACCACAUUCAACCGCUCAACUGGUGUCUCCUCCGUUGAAUAUGCGGAUGCCCGAACUGCUGCCUUUAGCAACGGUCCCUGUGAUCGCCCCCUGACUAUUGGAUGGGGACGCACUGCUUCUGCAGAGAAUGUGAACGGCACGGUCAAUGCUACUGUUGUCAUAUGCUAUCCAGUGUUUGAAACAGCCAAGUUCAACGUCACCGUGGACAAGUCAGGUUAUGUUCUCUCAUAUAAGAAGUUGAGAAACCUUACGGACACCCUGGAGUAUCCCAACUCUCAGGUACAUAUCCGGACCGUGUUUGACGUUUACAAUCGCUGGUGGAACAAAGACAGCCCUUCGUGGCACAACGACACAAUUGCGAGGGACUGGAUGAAUUACUUCAUCACUGUUCUGCACGAGUCACGAGACAACAUCGACCCAGCAGCUCCAGUGCCAAAGCCCGAAUCCAUGAUAUCAGCGGUGCAGGAGAUCUACCGCCUUCUUUAUGCCAUCAUGCUUGGCUUGAAUACCCAUAUCUUCGAACAAAAGGAUGGAGAAAAGCCAGUCACAGCAAUGAGACACACCAAAGAGGUUAGGAUCUUUAUGGAAGACGCCUCAUUUGUGAUAACAAUGUCCGUGCUGGGUCUCAAUAUUGUUGUGGCCGCCCUAUUUUACGUACGGGCCGUCGCCUUUGUGCUCCCACGCAUGCCUACGACGAUAGGUUCGAUCCUGGCAUAUGUUGCCCCAAGCAGGCUUGUGAGCUCGCUGUCAAAACACAUGCCUGGCCAAGCCGAUCGGACAUUCAGCUUUGGGAGGUACGUGGGUGCGGACGGAGAAGUUCACCUGGGAAUCGAACUAGACCCUCAUGUGGUGCCUAUCGAGCCAUCCUCGCUCAGAGGAAAGAAAUACAUCCUUGAACGAAUGUGGAUGAAGUUGAGUCAACGUAGCCAGAAGCCUGUGCGGAGCUCUGUGAGAAGCGGAACCUGGUUAUAA